AAACAAAAUGUGUUUAUGCAAUUCAAAGCUGGUUUCAAUGAAUCCUGUUCAUGGAACAUGUGCUGGUUUGGUUUGCUGGUUAAAACUUGCAGUAGCCAGAAAAUGAUGGCUCUUUAUCACUAAAUGCAGGAGACAUGAGGACGGUGCUGAGUCUAAAACACGAGGUGACACAGAAGGAGCAUUAGUUUGCCUGAAACUGUUGAGGUUGAAACUUUGUCUCCAGUAACUUCCUUGUGUUUAACCAAACUUAAACAAAAUACCUAAACAAAUUUUUUAGAAGUGAUGUCAUUGCUGUAAAACUCCCUAUUAAAAUCCAUCAUGUAAAGUAGAAUCAGUAAAGGAGAAUGUUUGCUUUCUGUUUUCCUUUGUGAGACCUUCAGACAAACUAACUGCUCUGCUGUGAGGACUGAACAAAGGCCUGUUCUGUCUGAGGGCGUGACUCAGUGUGCAGUGAUACAGUGCAAUGUCAUUUACAGAAUCCAGUGAGAAUCUAUUGAGGUGGAGCUUUUAAUGUGUUGAAGUGAAACGUGUUAUCGCUCGCUGUUUCCUCAUUGUAAAAUCAUCAUGUGACAUUUUCUGACCAUCCUACACAGACGCAAGGCCAGAAACUGGCUCACGUUAAAGGGAGGAAACUCCAGCUCCCAGUAGAUCACCUUCUUGUUUCCCUGAGCAGCUUGGUUCACCAUGGUGUCGGGUACAAGACAGAUUGCGGGCUUGUCCCUGGCUGUGGUCGGCUUUCUGGGCACCGCCGUUAUCUGUGCUCUUCCUAUCUGGUGCGUUACCAAGACUAUCAGCGGCAUCGUGGGUCCACGCAUGCUCUGGGAAGGUUUAUGGAUGCACUGCUUUGGGUUGUCAGGCCAUAAAACCCAGUGCAGACUCUACUCUGGGAACGCGCCUCGCGUCCUGCAGGCUGCCAGGGCUCUUGUCGUCGUCGCCAUCCUUUUUGGAUUUUCUGCGAUUGUACUCGUCAUCGUUGGGGGAACGCGCACCAGCUGCAUCAGGACGGAGAAGCGGAAGUGCCAGGUCCACUGUGUCGCUGGGGUCCUCUUCAUCAUCGCAGGCCUGCUGGUGCUUAUUCCCGUCUGCUGGACCGCCAACGACAUCGUUCGUCCGCAGCAGCACGCGUACGACCAGGUCCAUGGGCUCGGAGCUGCGCUGUACGUCGGCUGGGGCGCCGCGGGGCUGCUGGUGCUGGGGGGGGGUCUCCUCUGCACAUGUAAGAAGAACACAGACUCCAACCAGAGUGUUCGUUUUAUGAAUCUGAAGAGUGAAUGUGAAGAUUAAAACUUAGUUUUAGCUUUUAUAUUAUAUAUCAUUACUGUACAUUAUACAUUUGUUUACAUGAAAAAUUAUUGCAAAUAAUUUUACUAUUUUUUGUAGAUGAUUAUGUUGUACGUGACAGCUUUUUAAUGAGUUGUUUAUUGUGUUGAAAGGUUUGUAUUGUGCAGGUAAUUUUUGAUUUCAUCACUGUGGUUUCGGUGUUGCACAAUUCUAGUCAUGACAAAUGCCUACGAGAUGAAUAGUGAAAGCAGAGCUUUUCUAAAAAACAAAGGCAAAUGCUGAAUGUCGCACAGAUACAGAUUGUUAAAACAAAAUGUUUUGUAAUGUAACAUUAUAUACAGUAUAUAACAUUUAUUGCGAUAUUAUAUAUGUAAAUGAGUUGAUUUGAACAUCCAUGUGUAAUUUAACAUCAAACAACAAAAUGUACAAAACAAAAACUGUUAUUUCAAAUGAUAAUGGUGGAAAUCAAGGUUUGUGUAACUUUGUGUGAGCUAUGCAUUCACUGUACAAAUCCUAUCUUUAGAGGUGAACAUUGUCAUGUUGAUAAAUAAUGAAUGAUAAUGUGA